CUGCGAAUGAAAACACGUCAAAAACAGCUGAUUUUCCGGCAGGCUGUUAUCGUUCCGUACGGUUUAAAUACACUCAAUUUUUGUUUAAAUUCCAUGAAAUAUGCAAUCAAAAGUAUGUUUAUGUAAAGCGAAAGUGAUUAAAAGUUUUAUUGAUAAUCAUUCACUAAUCGUGAUAUCUGUUGUCAGGGCAUAACGUGAUAUUGAAAAAUCACUAACAAAAAAAGUAAACAGAAACUGCUGAUAAUGUAUGAGUGAUAAUAAUUUCUGAAAAUAGCUCCAGAAUCAGCUCAUCUUUGGUCGUAAGCUCAUUUGUCAUUUGAAUUCGUAAGUUCGGGGUCAUUCUAACUGGAAAUAAACAUGAAAAAGCUCUUCAAAAUAAUUACGCAUCAGAGGAGUUUUCACUCCGAAGAUCUGCUGCUUAAUUCGAAGGACCAUCCUGAAUUGAAACUGAAGGAUAUUGUAGAGAUCUACCAUCCGGGCGAUGAUAGCAUUCGUUUACUGCUGCAGGUAACUUGCCUGACGGAGGAUGUGAUGAAUCGAGAAACCAUUAGUGUCGAGUCGAAUAUUGCUGUGGCUUUCAAUUUAAAAUCCUACAAAGACGUCUUUAUGCAAAAAAUGAAUCCUUGCGAUGUGGCUUUGGAUUCGGUUGAAAUAACCUUCAAAGAUCAGUACAUGGGUCGGUCGGAGAUGUGGCGGUUGAAAACCUAUUUGACCGAUACGUGCGUUUACUUGAACAAGAAAAUCGAAUACUGCGACGGUUGCAUUCGUUGUCAGGUUUACGAAAUGUGGUCCCAAGGAGAUCGUGUCGCCUGUGGAGUGAUUAAUGAGGACACUAAGGUAGUGUUUAGAAGCAACACAUCAAUGGUUUAUUUGUUUAUUCAGAUGUCAUCGGAAAUGUGGGAUUUUGAUAUACACGGAGAUUUGUACUUUGAAAAGGCUGUAAAUGGCUUUUUGGCGGAUUUAUAUACCAAAUGGAAGAAGUUAGGAAGCAACCAUGAAGUAACAAUCGUCAUGUUCUCUAGAACGUUUUAUGCAGCUAAAAGCUUGGAUGAAUUUCCGCUGCACAUGCGGGAAUGUUUACAAAUGGACUAUAAGGGGAGAUUUUAUGAAGAUUUCUACAGAGUAGCCAUUCAGAAUGAGCGAUGCGAUGACUGGAGCUCUACUUUGGUGCAAUUGAGACGUUUGUUCACCGGGUAUCGUGACGUUGUUCUCAAUUAUCAUGCACGUCCAGGACUUGAAGUUAAAAUUCCCAAUGCAACAAAUUCCACUGCCGCACAAGGAAACUUUCUCGAAGUACUAAACAUUUCCCUCAACGUGUUCGAAAAACAUUAUCUGGAUCGCAGUUUUGAUCGGACCGGGCAAUUAUCGGUUGUGAUUACCCCUGGUGUUGGUGUGUUUGAAGUUGAUAGAGAACUAACGAACAUUACUAAACAACGAAUCAUCGAUAACGGAGUCGGAAGUGACUUGGUUUGUGUUGGGGAGCAACCAUUGCAUGCUGUACCACUGUUAAAGUUUCAUAAUAAGGAUAGCUUAACAUCGAUAGAUGAUUAUUCCAUGCCUCACUGGAUCAAUCUUAGUUUUUAUUCUACAAAUAAAAAAGUCGCGUAUUCAACUUUUAUCCCGAGAAUCAAACCACCACCACUGUCAUCAGGAGCGGCUUCUCAGAACUUUUCGGAUGAUUUUAAGAUCAAACUCUCGAAAAAGGAUAAUAAGAACGAAUACAUACAUAACUGCCUUUUUGAUUAUGAUGCUUACGACGAUCAAAUAUUUCAAAUGCCAACUGCUCAUGGAACCUGCUCGCUACAGCGUGUUGCACGAACUAAGAAAACCUCCGUUCCCAGUUUAGACGGAUUCGGUAUGUAUAAUAACAAUCGUGAAUGGGACAGUUUAUCAUCCCCAUCGGAUUUGCGUAGAAAAAUGUCUGAUCCAGAUAUACAUCACAACACUUGUAACAUGCUAAAUUCAAGUGUAACUUCGAAUAAUAGUUCGAUGAGUACGAUGGAAAAGGUGAGUGGAAAGAGUAUGAACCGUAGUUUUGGAUCCUCGACUGGACCGAUUGUACGCACUGGGCGAGCCUUAAUCAACCCAUUUGAUCCCUCGCAUGUGACAAUCAAACUAACAUCGAACAGACGCCGUUGGACUCACAUCUUUCCAAAGGGACCUCAAGGUGUGUUGAUUCAGCAGCACCAUUACCAGGCCGUUCCCACUACGAACAAGGUAAUGAAUUACACUGCCAUUGAUUUGGACUCCAGUAGCGAGUAUGCUCACACAUCUACCUGCACAUGGGGUCGGGGACGGCACGGUAGUGUUGCCUCGAGUGACAGCCAGUUGAAUGAGGAGGAUUUGAAAUGGAUUGCCGAGAAUCAAGGGUUCCGCAAGAAGUCUGGUAUUCUGCAUUCGGCGGCUGGACCGACUGUCACGGUCACCCCUUCCAAAAGCCUCACACUGUUGUGGGGCGUAACCGGUGAACAAGAAUGGACUCCAUCGCUCACCACAGCAGCUGGAAGAGUGAUUAUAGGUGUUGACUGGAAAUCAUUGACCAUUCCGGCGUGUUUGCCAAUCACUACGGAUUACUUUCCGGAUAAACGUUCGCUACACAACGAUUACGUCGUAUCAGACUACACGCUUUUGCCAGAGGAUGUGAAUGCCGAUUUUGCACAAAAUCGCGCCAUUUACAAAAAUCCACUCUCGACAGAUGAAGUUUUCAAAGAACUCGUUUCGCAGCGACUAGCACAGGGCUUCCAACUGAUUGUCUUACCAGAAUCACCAUCGCCAAAUCCACAGCAAGCGCCAUGCUGCGGAGGUCAACUACAAAGUUUUUAUCAGCAUAGCUCUGUUCUGAGGAUAGCAGCGCCGCAAGAGCCAUCGCAAGAAUAUCUGCUGUCUAUAGGUCGUAUUUUCCACAAAAUUUCCCUUGGUGGUUCAAUUAUCACAGUUACUCGGUAUCGGCCAAGGCAUCCGUACCCACCAAUUAACGUAGAUUACAGGUAUCGAUUCCAUGCCCCUCAACAUGAUACUUACGAAGUUUCAGGAGUUAAUUUUACCACCGAAAAGUUGGAGAACUUUAACUGGAACUACAUGGAUCAUUACAUCUGUACUCGCGGGGAUACAGACUUUCCCUUGCUUGAGAAUAUGAAAUACUGGCGCUAUCGAAUGUAUCUACUGCCGAAGGAUGAUCCGGCGAUGAAGAAAAUAUUGGAAGGCAACACAAAGCGAUGCGAUAUCUACACGGAGGAUAAACCGAUCCAGUCGGAAAAACAUAUCUGCAACGAGUUCAUUCGAUUCGUGGAAUCACAUUUGAACAAAAUCAGAAAAGCUUCUAUUAAAAAACCGAGGGGAAGUCCGCUCCAGUCUCACCUGACUAGAAGAAGGCACAGCACCAGUAUUCUGUCCCGGCCUCCACCGAAUCAGUCCGGUGUUUGCGCUAAAUUGUAUUAUAGUGGUAAUGGCAUUGGUUAUAGUGCUAACAAUUUGUAUCAAGAACGCAAUCAUAUCAGUAAUGGUUCCAGUAUACUCACGCGAUCGUCUUCCAAAGUGCUUGAGAAAAGCAACGUGCAGACGGCGGGAGCUAAUCAAAUUAGUUCCUUGGUAGGUAAAACGACGGUCGAUGGAAUCCCACUGUCGACACUGAACUCUGCGUCGGAGCAAGGACUACCGGAGGAUAGUGAUGAUUUCACAUCCGAAAGCAGCAAACUGAAACAGUCGGCAACGUUACAGGAGAUCUUCGAGGCGUUCAGGCACCCCGUGCAAGGCGUUGGAUUUCUUGGAGCAGUGCAAAGUUUACCAUCGUGCACGUUUGUGGCCUACGACGCCAUCACUUGGCUGCAAAAUCGGAUAGAGGGUCCGUGUAACCCAUUGGACAUUUUGGAGGACAUGAGAAAAGCGCACAUGAUCUGCCAUGCAUCCGGAGAGUUCAAAAAACCUGUGAUCCCCGGAUUUUACCUGUACUACAUUCUGAUGCAGGAUAAGGAAUCACGCGAGUACACUCCCCCGCUUGGUGAUCUGGAUGCAUUCGAGAAUGAGUGGAUGGAGGUGGAAUCACAACACCCGGACCUGCAGAGGCCAAUCGAUGCUGUUGAUAUAACAAUACCGGCAUUUUUACGUGAAUCCAUUGAUUUGAAUGAGGAAUUUAUGGACGCUCCCCUCUACAAACAGACGCACCUGGAUAUCGACAUAAACAACAAAUCCGAUCGAACCGAGUGGGGCCACGCGCGGUAUCACCAGAAAAUGAUUCCUGGUCACGCGUACGAGAUUGUUGUUCAAUGGAUAACCGCUUCUGGGCCAAUUGUUUGCGAUUUGAUCAGUGGUUGGUCUCGGCGCGCUCAAGGCUGUGGCUUUCAGUUGGUUUCGAUUCCGGCAGAUCCUUUGGCGGAACCAUUCACGGAAAAAAGUGAUCCCCUGCGAGGCCCCAUUUUUGUCCCUCUAGACAUCGAAUGUUUGAAACAGCAUCGAAGCUUUCUGUUCGAGGAAUUCAGGAAAGAAACGUGGUCAAAGCGGUUGCUACUGUUCCAGGAAGCGAUUGUUGCUCGUUUCGGAUUUAUGCGUUGUGCUGUUGAAACUAAAACCGGAUCAAAUCAGGCGUCGUUGGACUAUCAGUACGUGCACUGCAGUGGGCAUAUGUUCAUUUUAGUACCUAACCCAAAUCAUGGGCUGAAAUGCCGCCAAAGGCUUGCGUCCGGUGGAAGCACAAUGAAAAAACCAACCAAUUUUGUCAAUCGCUAUUCAGCGUCCUACGAAUCACAAAUGCAGAACAAUAUUUCUUCAGCCGCACACGAGGCCUACAUAACGCGACACGUAACGGGUGGAAAAAACAAGGACGACUUUGAAGUCGUCCGUCGUACCGGCUUUUUGUGGUCGUGGAAUCAUAUGAUUCCUAACAAAAAGUGGAAAUCGUUAGCCAUUGCACAAUCGGAAGAGCUGUUCCAGCUUCGAAUGCUGAGGGAUUUCAAGGACUUUUGUUCCAACAAAGAGGAGCGCCUGCUGAACUUCUGGGAGGAGUGCUGGGAGGCGAAGGUAAAAUCUUCGAUUGGACGUACGUAGGAAAAAUGCGUGUUACGGGCGGUGAUAUCGUGUAAGUAGAUAAAGACAUUUUGUUAUUUUCUCUGUCGAAUUUCAUUCUCACGAGCAGGUUUAUUGUUUGUACAAAUUGUUAAAGUGCAGUUCUACAGUUUAAGUUUGUUUCUAAACCGCUCUUUUGAUUUUUUUUUAUACGGAAAAUAUAUAAAGCUUUGUAUGAACA